CGAGUCUCUUUUCCGGCGGCCAUCGUGACAGGUCGGCAGGCCAUCAUGAAGCUGAACACGUUUGUGACGUCCUCCCGGCGCAAGAACCGUAAGCGCCACUUCAACGCGCCGUCCCACAUCCGCAGGAAGAUCAUGUCGUCUCCACUGUCCAAAGAGCUGCGGCAGAAAUACAACGUGCGCUCCAUGCCCAUCCGCAAGGACGACGAGGUCCAGGUGGUUCGGGGACACUACAAAGGCCAGCAGAUCGGUAAAGUGGUGCAGGUCUACAGGAAGAAGUACGUGAUCUACAUCGAGCGCGUGCAGCGGGAGAAGGCCAACGGAACCACAGUCCAUGUGGGCAUCCACCCCAGCAAGGUUGUGAUCACCAGGCUAAAGCUCGACAAGGAUCGCAAGAAGAUCCUGGAGCGCAAGGCCAAAUCCAGACAGGACAUCAAGGAGAAGGGCAAAUACAAGGAGGAGACCAUCGAGAAGAUGCAGGAGUGAAGGAGCUGUUUUUGCUAACAAUAAAAGACUGUAAAGUUCCA